GCCUCCUAACAGAGAAUUUCCUUUAGAUGCCAGACUUAGACAACCAUAAACUGAUUCCUAAGUUGUGCUACAUCAGCUUUUAAUUAGAUCCACAGUAUCUCAAUGGCACAUUUGACCCUGAGUGUCUCCAGACCGUCCUCUGGCCAGCAGAAUACCUUCUAUAAAGACUUGAUAAUUCAUCAAGUGACAGCAUCUUCACAGGGCAGCCAAAUGGGAGGGCAUCUAACCCUGCUGCUCUGGUUCUGGUUGGGGCGGGUGCCAUUUCCCAAUUGGGACUGCAAGGGGCUAAAUAUACUUGGUGCAACAUCACACACCUUCUUGUGUUAGAUUUUAGCAUCAAUAAGAAUCACGUGGAAAAUGUGAUUUCUCAUACUGAGAAAAUUCUGUUAAAUAUUUCCACAAACUAGGAAAAGACCGUCUUUAAAAAUAUGUUCAGAGAAAGAAACACAAGUAUUAAAUGGGAGAAUGUGAAACCCACAGAGUUCAAUCCCCCUAUUAAGCCAAGACCUAGAGGUACAGAAAACGGAAGUAAUUUGCCCAAAGUCCUUCAGCAAAUCUUUAGUGGCUGUGAUGAGUCCUGACUGCAAAAUAUUUUAAUAGGAGACAUUAUGCCAUCUCCAGGGUACUUCAAUAGUACCUACAGAGAAUGGCAGUCCUGGGAAGACUGGUCAGGGCUUCCCUAAUCCUGAUUUAGGAGUCAGCCUCGUUGAAUACGCACUGCCUCGCCAGGCCGCAGCGCCGAUUCCCCACCUUCUGGAGUCCUGGGCAGCGGAUACUACUGGGGCGGUUCUUUCGCCAACUCCACAUCUUCCGGAGCCUAGCCUGGGCCGGGCCAGCCUAGCCCCGCCGCCGCAACCCACUUCCUAGCUGCAGGCUGGUCCAAGGGGAGGCCACACCCACGAGGGCAGCUCACAGAAACUGUCAGAAACCCAGCGGGAGUCAAGUUCAGGAGGCGCGUGGCGACAGAAUUUCGAGGAUGUCCGGUGUAAAUGUAUUUGUCCUCCCUAUAAGGAAAAUUCUGGGCAUAUUUAUAAUAAGAACAUAUCCCAGAAAGAUUGCGAUUGCCUUCAUGUUGUGGAUCCCAUGCCUGUGCGGGGGCCUGAUGUAGAAGCAUAUUGUCUACGCUGUGAGUGCAAAUAUGAGGAACGAAGCUCUGUGACAAUCAAGGUUACCAUUAUAAUUUAUCUCUCUAUUUUGGGCCUUCUACUUCUGUACAUGGUGUAUCUUACUCUGGUUGAGCCCAUACUGAAGAGACGCCUCUUUGGACACUCACAAUUGAUACAGAGUGAUGACGAUGUUGGGGAUCACCAGCCUUUUGCAAAUGCCCACGAUGUGCUGGCCCGUUCCCGCAGUCGUGCCAAUGUACUGAACAAGGUUGAGUACGCCCAGCAGCGCUGGAAACUUCAAGUUCAAGAGCAGAGAAAAUCUGUCUUUGACCGACAUGUUGUCCUCAGCUAAUUAGGAAUCAAAUUCAAGGUGACUGGAAAGAAACAAGGCAGACAACUGGAAAAAAAUUAACUGAGUUUUCUUGGGUUUUGUUUUAAUACCCUGUUGAUUUUACCAACCAUUACUGGAAGAAUCAAAACUGGAAGCAAAAAAAUGUGCUUGGUGGUUUUUUUCUUGUUACAUAUUAAUAGGGACAUUUUUGAAAGCACACAGCUCAAUCUCAGCCAAUAAACCUUUUCCUAUUUGUGACUUUUACUAAUAAAAAUUAAUUUACCUGUAAAUUAUCUUGAAGUCCUUUACCUGGAACAAGCACUCUCUUUUUCACCACACUGUUUUAACUUGAUUUUCAAGAUAAUUUUCAGGUGUUUCUUCUUUUGGUGGGAGAGGGAGGGGUGCCUGGGAAGUGCUUAACAACUUUUUUCAAGUCACUUUACUAAACAAACUUUUGUAAAUAGACCUUACCUUCUAUUUUCAAGUUUUGUUUAUCUUCUGCAAUAUAGCCAGCCUCAUCAAGGCGCUGACUACCAUUGACUUUUGCACUGACUAUAUUAUCUAGGUAUCUGGCUGGCCCGUGGCUGCACUUCAUGGUAAACUGGAACUGAAAUGCCUGAUGGCUCUUAACAAAAUGCACAUUUUUUCAUGUACUGUGAUGUCUGAUGCAAUGCAUCCUGGAACGAACUGGCCAUUUGCUAGUUUACUCUCAUGACUAAACAUAGUCUUGGUGUGUGUGGGCUUUCUCAUCUUCUUCUAGUAUCUUUAAGGACAAAUCCUAAGGACUUGGACACUGGCAAUAAGGAUAUAUUCUUUUACACCCAAGCCUCCCUGGAUUGAUAACAUACAUACAUUUGUUAGCAUUUCCGGUUGUGUCAAGAGGCAGCUAUUUGACCUCCUGUGUGUGCAGCUUUGAACUAGGACUAGGGUUCUGGGUGCCUCUCUCUGAAAGGUAUAACAGUUAUUGGAUAACUGGCUUUUUUCUUCUUAUGUCCUAUUUGGAAUGUAACAAUAAAAAUAAUUUUUGAAACAUC